UUCUUUUUUUUUUUUUGAGGCCAUUUUUAGUUUAAUGCCCCCAUUUCCCAAUCCUGGUAUAAAAUGAAUUACGGGUAUCCCUCUAAGUCCCUGUAACCCUUUUUUGGGAUCACAUAUACCUUUGAUAACCUGAUGAAAGUGAUGAACCCUCUCCCCAGGAAAAAAAAAUGCACAUAUACAGAUAAUUUUGCAUACAACCUCAAGGGCAUCACACAUCUUCUGAAACCCAAGUUAAGGAUCUCUGCUCUAAAUAAAUUCUAGAAAGAGUUUUAAUGCAAGUAAUUGAUAAAAUCAAGAACUAAGUAUUAGUUUAAAACAUCACAGAUUGGAAUUAUUGUAAGAUGGCGGCCCCUACUAGCAAAAUGUGACACUGCAACGAACUUUGUUAGACAUUAUAACAUCCAGACAGAAGGGAAAAAGAAGCAAAGUUCUGAGAGCUAUUUAUAAGGAGUCAGGGCAUCUCUAGAUGUGGGAGCCAUUCCUGGUUCAAGGCAGGGGUCAGGAUGCCUGACAACUUCUAGCAGGGUAGAGUCUGAUAAACCACAAUGCUCAGGAUGCCAAGGGGUUAGCCAUUAUCUUAACCCCUUUCUCACCAAAAGAUUUUAGUUUUGUCUAUUGGGAAACAAGAUGUCACUAGGGAAAAAAAAGAUUUGCCUUACACCUUUGCUGGAACACAUCAGUUUGGUGAUAUAUGGGACACUAGAAUUAUUUUUGAGAAGGUGCAUAAAACCAAAGUAAAUUAUUCUCUAUGUAGAACAUUAUUUACUAGUAACAUUUGUUUGGGUGUAUUAGCUUUGACAAGUUUUACCAGUAAAUAUUGGUUUUAUUUAAAACUGGGAAUCCAGUUUAUAAAUAGUAUAGUUGAUAUAUCUAUUCUUUCCCCCAUGUAAAGAAUAGUUUAAAAAUUUGUGCAUACUUUCUGCUUUUCUCUCUUGAUGCCAUGAGGCGGGUUGGGGUGGGGGGAGAGAUGUCUGAGUCAACAACUGACAAAAUGUCUUCUUCAAAUUAAAAAAUUGAGAAGCAGCACUUUAACUCUACACCAUUUUAGUGCAUGUAUUAGUUUUAAUAAUGAUUUUUGGUGCAUGCCUUUGGGCUUUAUUCAAAAGUGUACAAUAGGAAAGUAUAUUUCCUUUCUUAGAAAGGAGAUGUUUUUCUACUUUGCAACAUGUGAUUACAAAAAAAAAUCUUCCUCUGUGGGAAGAUUAACCAUGUACUGAACUACUGAAAAGUAUAUAUUUUUAGAUAUACAGAAGGAAUCUACAUGGAGCAGCAUUCAGACCUAUAUAGAAGUCAUAGCAUUCUGUAUAGGACCAAAAAGGAAGUAACAUUAAACACUUAAACAGACUUUGUUGGGUAGAAAUACCUUUAGAUCUUGCAUUGACUUCCAAAAAGAAAAUGCCACAGAAGUUUGCUGAAAACUUUUGUUGCCUGAAUUUUCUCUGUCAGUGUAUUUAGCCCAAAUACAAUAGCUUUGGGUUAGCACAUACAUAAGAAUCAAAAAAACAAAGCCAACUAAAUAUAUCAGUCUGGUUUGCCAAUCCAGCUUGACUGAAAUAAGUAAACUAAUCACUUGUAACAUGAAAAACUGUCCAACUCCUCUAAGGUUUUGACAAAAUAACUUUGGCUUGAUGUGGGAAGACUCCCACUUUGAUUUCUGACCUGACAGUGAAGAUUCGUGCUUGACAUGAUUUCAAACCUGACAGUGUCUGUUUAAGGAGCUAUGGUACAGUUUGCUAAUUCAAUCCCAGAUACCUGUUGAUUACCUGUGAGAUCUAGAGUCCAAAGUAGCCAGCAGCCAUGUCCCUGAGUGCUCUGUGCCCAUCAGAUAAAGUAAGCAGGGUUGGGACAGGUUACAGCUCGGAUGAUUGAUUGACCUCAGGUACCAUAGACAGCCCCAGAUUCAAGAAUUGUAUCUGCUUUCUUAGGAGUCAUCAUUGAACUAAUGUCCCACACUGUGUUACUUACCGUAGAUGCUCUUUCUUAGAGGAGGCCCAGAGCACACAUCCUAAUAGCUUGUGGUACUCAGAGAGGGGGUGCUAACUCUGAUGCCCUGGCCAAAUUCCAGUUUAGGGAUGUGGGUCUUCUUGUCAUUCUAAUUGGAAAUGUGCAUCACUUCCCAUUUUCUUAUUGAUCGCAGUGCAAACUAUUACUAGUUGGUUUCUUUGCCUGGUCCCAAGUCUCUAAGAUGCUGGUGUGUAUUAUAUGGGCCAAGUUCAUGUCUUAUCCUAAUGCACAAGAGUUGAGAAAUGGGUGAGCUUUGUGUCAGAGUGCACUGUGAUUGGAAGAUGGACUCUUGUGAUGCUGGGGGGAUGAAAUUGGCCCUCAUUAAGCAUAAUUUGGGGAAUGUGCACUGGACGGAGGUUCCAGCCAUGAGGUGUGAGCUGAAACCAAUUUUCCCUCUUUUCUUAUAGCAUGUUGAGAAAGUCUGUUGGGUUUUCAGCAGUCAGGGAAGGCCGGAGUUCUGCUUUAAUCUGGGUAACUGAGGCUGGUUUGAGCAAGACUUCGGUUAAUUAACUGGGUUCUCAGAUGCCACAGACUCCGUGAGAAGUCACCAUUAUUUUCAAUGGUUGUGAUAGAAUUUCCCCCUAGUAGCCAUUAUUUUAAGAUUAUAUUGCAGAGUAGCUUUAUUUUGAGCUUUUGUGUAUACACAAUCCCAAACUGGAAGAAAUUUUAAAAAAAGAAAUCCUGCUGUGAAAGGUAUAUAUUACUCUAGAUUUUUCUUACUGUAAAUAUUGUAAGAUUGUAAUACUGUCGAUAUUUUAUUAACCAACAAAUGUUAAUCUAUGUGAAUUCAGACUUAUUUUAAAUGUGCUUUUUAUUUACUGUGUGUGGUCCCUGUUGCUGACAGUAUUAAGUUAUAUUCUGAUGUAAGAUUAACUUUAUUAAAGAAUGUAAACAUUAAUGUUUCCUUAUGGGAAAACAAAUAAAGUAUAAAGAAGACAAUUCUUUUCAUUGAAAUAUACUGUGUAUUUACCCUUGCUAGACCCAGCACCACUUAUAAAUUUAGUUCACUGUUCAGAAUUUUAGUUAACACAGCUGACAUGGUUGUGCUCUGUUUGAAAGUCUUAAGAGUAGUAUUGGAAUAUAGACAGUUUGUAUUUGUCUGCUGUGAAUCAUAAUCCUGAAAUUUAUAAUCAAGUUUGUAAAAUUUUUAUAGUAAAACAUUUUAAUGACAAUUUGAAAAAUUAUCUUCUCUAAAGAAUGGUCAAAACAAUUUCCUUUCAGAAAUAGAAUUGUUCUUUAACAUCUUUCCAAAGUGACUUUGGUUAAAUGGGCCAGAUGUAUAUUAGUUAAAAUUUAAGACUAAGUUGUUGAUAUUCUUUGAGUUUACAAGUUAAUCCUUAUUGGAGACGUGCCAAUAUACAGUAGAUUAUCAUUAAUUUGCACUGUUUGGGGACCCCAUUUAAGAAUGCUGAAUUUUGCCAACUAAGAAGUAAGCAAAUGCAAUUCAAAAAGUAAAUUUGAGCAUUCUGUAUUAAAUAUGUGCAGUUAUUAUCACCUGAAGAAGCGCAGUGUGUCGGGCUGUAAUAUAACCAUAUUUGCUGUCAUAUUCUCCCAUCUCAGUGCUGGGAAAUCACCAUGUGGAAACCAAGCAAACGUGUUGUGCAUCAGCCGGCUUGAGUUUGUUCAAUAUCAAAGCUGAAACUAGCGAGGUCUGCUGUACUGCUUAUUGAAGUAUUGUGAUUCUUUUAGGCAUUGAUUCUUACAAAAUAUAUACUGUAACAGUAUACUUUGUACAGAUUUAAAUUUUAUUUGAAAAAAUGAAAUAAAGUAGGCAAAAAAAUAAAGAUGUUUAUUUUUCAUGUGACUA